GACCUCACGACCACACUACCACCCCGCUCUCCACAACAAAUAUACCGCCACCUCCCUGCUACACACACACUCAACAUGGCACUGGACACAGACACAAUACCGAAUUUGCUCGGCGAUGCGCGGGACCAAGCGCCAGAGGAGCUGCAAGAGUACUUCAUCGCCUUCGAGGACUACUGGGAGAGGAAGCUGUGGCACGAGUUGACCGACAAGCUCAUCGAGUUCUUCGAGCAUCCGGAGAGUGCCAAGCAGCGGAUACCCUUCUUCGAGACGUUCAUCAAGAGCUUUGCAAACAAGAUCAACCAGCUGAAGCUGGUCACACUGGGCCUGAGUGCUGCAUCACAGUUCAAGGAUGACAAAGAGCGCCUCAAGUUCGUCAAUGACCUCGCCGAGAGUGUCAACAAGCCCGCCUCACAAGACGCCUAUGUCUACGCCACAGUCGCCGCCGCCAGCAUCCAGCUGAGGUUACGAGACGAGGAGGGCGCUAAGAAGAAGCUGGACGAGUGCGAGCAGAUUUUGGACAACUUUGACUCAGUAGAGACAGUCGUACACGCAAACUUCUACAAAGUCAGCGCAGAGUACUACAAGUCGAAGCACGAGUUUGCCGCGUACUAUAAGAACGCCCUACUGUUCCUUGCCUGCGUCGACAUCACCGACCUCGAGCUUCGCGACCGCCAGUCACGCGCCUACGACCUCAGCAUCGCCGCUCUCGUUUCAGAUUCCAUCUACAACUUCGGCGAGCUUCUCCUCCACCCUAUCCUCGAUUCGCUCGUCAACACACCGCACUCGUGGUUGCGCGAUCUCCUCUUCGCUUUCAACCGCGGCGACCUCAGCGCAUACGACGUCCUUUCGGGCAACAUCUCGAAGGUGCCUCUGCUGAAGGACCACCAGACUUUCCUUUACCAGAAGAUCUCUCUUGCCGCUCUUACCGAGACUAUCUUCCGCCGACCACCGCACGACCGCGCUAUGACCUUCUCCGAGAUCUCGCAGGAGACCAAGGUGCAGCCAAAGGAGAUUGAGCAUCUAAUCAUGAAGGCGUUGAGCUUGGGCUUGGUGAAGGGACAGAUUGACCAGGUCGCUGAGAUUGCGCGCAUCAACUGGGUGCAGCCCAAGGUCUUGGACAUGAAGCAGAUCGAGAGCAUGAGGGGGCGGCUGAAGGAAUGGGACGCCAGCGUCAACCAGCUGGGUAACUGGAUCGAGGGUGUUGGCAAGGACGUCUGGGCUGCUUGAGCGAAGACUAGAUCCUGCAGCAGUAGAGUCCUCACUGGUCAGUCAUGGCAAGGCUGUCUCCGCCCAACAGAAAGGGCGGCGUGCAAACGCUGUAAGAAAGGUACCUUCGCGCGCCAUGAUCGUAGAUAAUGCAUGCAUGGUCAAAUGGAUGGCCAACGAAUGAAAAGCUCACGACAU